CAAUGGACUCUAUUGACGUGACUUGUUCACACUUUUUACAUUUGAUGUGCUCUAAAUCUAAUCUGUAUGUGUUUAGUUUGACCUGAAUGUUUUAUCUGAAUUUCGUUGAUCUAAUACUGCGUAUGAAAUUUGCUGAUCUAUUAUACGGAGUAAUUUAUUUCUGAGUUUAUUUGACUUUUCUGAGUUGGUUAUUCUUUUCUGGGUCUCAUUUCUUCCUGAUUUUUAUGAUCUGGUUUUAUAUUAAAAUAAAAAAAAUACUCCGUAACAGUUACUCGUAUACCUUUCGGGCAACUUUACAGCCUAUUAGCCUAUUGUUGAUGAAACCUGUGGAAGCUACGCAUUCAUCCUUGUAUGUUCUUCACCAUUCUUAUUGAUCAAAAGCAGAGAAACAAAUUGGAGAAGCUGCGAGGCUGCGAUGGCGGUUUCAAUGAGAGAUUUGGAUCCAGCUUUCCAAGGGGCUGGACAGAAGUCUGGGAUUGAGAUAUGGCGCAUUGAAAAUUUUCGUCCUGUCCCCGUUUCAAAGUCAUAUUACGGAAAAUUUUAUACAGGAGACUCUUAUGUUAUUCUGAAGACCACUGCCUUGAAAAGUGGUGCCUUACGACAUGAUAUUCACUACUGGCUUGGUAAAGAUACAAGUCAGGAUGAAGCUGGUGCAGCAGCUAUUAAGACUGUUGAAUUAGAUGCAGCCCUUGGAGGACGUGCUGUACAAUAUCGUGAAGUACAAGGCCAUGAAACUGAGAAGUUUCUUUCUUAUUUUAAGCCAUGUAUAAUACCCCAAGAAGGUGGAGUUGCAUCAGGGUUCAAGCAUGCUGAAUUAGAAGAGCACAAGACUCGCCUAUAUGUAUGCAAAGGGAAACAUGUAGUCUACGUGAAAGAGGUCUCUUUUGCCCGUUCCUCACUAAACCAUGAUGACAUUUUUAUUCUUGAUACCAAGUCCAAAAUAUUUCAAUUCAAUGGAGCCAAUUCAUGUAUUCAAGAGAGGGCUAAAGCACUUGAAGUUGUACAGUACAUUAAAGAUACUUACCAUGAUGGAACGUGCGAGGUGACUGCAAUUGAGGAUGGAAAAUUGAUGGCCGAUGCUGACACAGGAGAAUUCUGGGGGUUGUUUGGUGGCUUUGCUCCGCUUCCAAGGAAAAGCACCACUGAUGGUACUAAAAGUCCAGAUGCUCCAUCCACCAGACUAUAUAGAGUUGAGAAAGGGCAUAGAGUGCCAGUUGAGGCUGCUUCCUUGGCUAAGGAGUUGCUGGAUACAAAUAGAUGCUACAUUCUUGACACAGGAUCUGAAGUCUUUGUGUGGAUGGGAAGAAAUACUUCUCUUGAUGAAAGAAAAUCUGCGAGUGGAGCUACAGAUGAAUUAUUAAGCCCUGAAAGAACAAAAUGUCACGUUAUUCGUGUCAUAGAAGGAUUUGAAACAGUGACGUUUCGUUCAAAGUUCGACAAUUGGCCCCACUUAACUGAUGUUUCUGUGUCAGAGGAUGGUAGAGGCAAGGUUGCUGCACUUUUAAAGCGUCAGGGGGUUAAUGUCAAGGGUCUAAUGAAAGCUGCUCCUCCAAAGGAAGAACCUCAACCUUAUAUAGAUUGCACAGGAAACUUACAGGUUUGGCGCGUGAAUGCUCAGCAGAAGAUGCUUCUUGAAGCACAUAGUCAGUCAAAAUUCUACAGUGGGGACUGCUAUAUAUUUCAAUAUUCUUUUAUGGGUGAAGAUAAAGAGGAAUAUCUUAUAGGGACAUGGUUUGGAAAACAAAGUGUCAAGGAAGAUCAAGUCUCAGCAACUUCACAAGCUAGUAAGAUGGUGGAGUCCCUGAAGUUCUUGGCCACACAGGCUCGCAUUUAUGAAGGAUACGAACCAAUCCAGUUCUUUGCGAUCUUCCAAAGUUUUAUUGUUUUCAAGGGUGGACACAGUGAUGGAUACAAAAAGUUCUUGGCUGAAAAAGAACUUCCUGAUGACACAUAUAGCGAGGAUGGAGUUGCUUUGUUUCGAGUACAAGGUACUGGACCUGAUAACAUGCAAGCCAUCCAAGUUGAACCGGUUGCAUCUUCAUUGAACUCCUCCUACUGUUAUAUACUACAAAAGGGAUCUUCUAUCUUUACUUGGUGUGGAAAUCUCACCAGCUCUGAGGAUGUGGAACUUGUUGAGAGGCUAUUGGAUCUUAUAAAGCCUGACUUGCAGUCUAAGCUGCAGAAAGAAGGUGCUGAAUCUGAACUAUUUUGGGAUAUAUUGGGUGGGAAAUCUGAGUACUCCAGCCAGAAGACUGCAAGGGAUUCUGAAAGUGACCCUCAUCUUUUCACAUGCACCUUCUCAAAGGGAGAUCUGGAGGUGUGUUCCUUCACUUAUUCUUUAAUAGCUCUAUUAUAGGACUGUAGUUUUGCAGUUCAUCGGUAGUUUGCUUUUAUUUAGUAAGAUGAGUAGGGAGUGGAAAUCAAAAUAAAAGUAAUGUAUUGCUCAAGACAACCUGAAACAGUAUUGCUUAUCAUAUAAUAUACGAUGUUGAUGUUAAUAAUCAUAUAUAAGGCUAGAUGCUUCCACUAUCUUCAUCAUAUUUCCUAUGAGAUUUUGAAUGAUGCUUUUUGUUGCAGGUGACUGAAAUUUACAACUUCAAUCAGGAUGAUCUCAUGACUGAAGACAUAUUCAUCCUUCAUUGUCAUUCAGACAUUUAUAUCUGGGUUGGGAAACAGGUCGAGUACAAGACUAAAAUACAGGCUCUAACUAUCGGUGAGAAAUUUCUCGAGCAUGAUUUCCUUCUGGAGAGAGUAUCUCGCCAGGCUCCAAUAUACAUUGUUAUGGAAGGAAGUGAACCUCCUUUCUUUACUCGUUUUUUCAUAUGGGACUCUGAAAAAUCUGCUAUGCAUGGAAACUCAUUCCAAAGAAAACUUACUAUAGUGAAAAACGGGGGCACCCCAACAGUGGAUAAGCUGAAAAGGAGAACAGCUGUCUCAUAUGUGGGAAGAUCAUCUGCCCCUGAAAAAUCACGUUCUAGAAGCAUGUCAUCUAGCCCUGACCGAGUUCGAGUCAGAGGCCGGUCUCCUGCAUUCAGUGCCCUAGCUGCUACUUUUGAGAGUGCAAAUUCAAGAAACCUUUCAACUCCUCCACCCAUGGUCAGAAGGGUUUAUCCAAAAUCUGUAACCCCAGAUUCAGCAAAACUGGCUACCAAGUCAGCAGCCAUUUCAGCACUAAGUUCAAGCUUUGAAAAACAUCUUCCGCCCAGGGAUGUCGUUGUACCACGUGCUACAAAAGCAAACUCUGAAUCACCAACCUCGAGCCCUGGUGAACAAUAUUCUAAACGGACACCUCCCAGUGCUAGUGGAGGCGCGGUGCCCAAACCUAAACCAGAAACAAUUCAAGAAGAUCUAAAGGAGGGUGAAUGUAAAGAUGAUGAUGGACUUCCAGUAUAUCCUUAUGAACGGCUCAAAACGGCAUCAAGUGAUCCUGUUACUGAAAUUGAUGUAACAAAACGAGAGACAUACCUGUCCUCGGAAGAGUUUAGAGAGAAAUUUGGGAUGACCAAGGAAGCAUUCUAUAAGUUACCUAAGUGGAAGCAGAACAAGCUAAAAAUGACUCUUCAGUUGUUCUAAGGUAUACAAAACCUGUCUACAGCAGUCAGGCACAGUUUCAACUCGAUGACAGCAUCGGUUCAUUUUUUUAUAUAGCCGCAUAACGGAAUAGAAGAUCCUUUCAAUUCUUCAUUUCCAGUUGUCUAUUUUUUAUGGGUUGGUUACUUGAUAUUCUUUGUGGUUUUAUAGGUUUGUUGUUGGCUGUAAUUGUUUGUGCUUCAUUUUUUCCUUUACAUUCAAGCAUAUUUUAUACAAGCUACCCUAAAGCUUUCUUGUAUAUUAGGGUGUUUUUGGUAGAUUACUUGUAGUGAUGAUCCUUGUGGUUAUCUAGAUGUACCGGGGGUCGGGGAUCUAUAUAGCCAGUAUUUUUAUUGGUGGAAAUUUGCAAGAAACAGAGCCAUCAUCAUAGGUUGGUGAUGCAAAUAGAGUGUGCAGAAGUGUAAAACUAUAAACUACUCCGCGUGUUAUCGCUCGGUCAAUGAAGUUAGAUUAUUUGUUAUUAAUUCCUUUUGCCUCC